AUGUCGACUCUGUUCUGGGACGUCGAUGACUCCGAGAACAUGCCGCCUCGUCGUGUCCUUGAGAUCUUAUGGGGUGAUGCCAUGAAUCAUCUGAAGGCGACUGGCGGUGAAGUCUUUGUUCCUGUCACCGUUGUGAAGGAGCUCCUCUCUAUGGAGCAUCUGAAGAAUAUGGCGAUUCGUCUGUCAUGGUUGCUGAACAAGGAGGUUACUAUCCUCAUGGAUGAAUCUCUUGACUGUUACCGCAUUGUUGAAAAGGGCAUCGAUCGCUGGACCACCCCUGAGCAGAUGAUUGCAGCUCAGAUCCCUGUGGGCCUUGAUGAGCAUCGCCUGAUCAGCAAGUCAAUUCACCAUGCUAGUGACUCUGUCAAGUUUCCUGCACGUCCUGCAAAAGUUCCUCGCCCUCCCAACUGCUUUAUCCUGUACCGCCAGGCCAACCACCAGCUGGUCAAGGAUGCCAACCCCGGUGUCUCUAACAACGAAAUUUCUCGUAUCUUGGGUGCCCGCUGGAACAACGAGUCCCCAGCUAUUCGAGAGCAGUACACCCAGUUGGCCGAUGAUCUGAAGCGUGAACAUGCUAUUAAGCAUCCCGACUACCAGUACGCUCCACGUCGCCCCUCCGAGCGCCGACGUCGCAUUACCCGCAACAACACUGGCGGUCUGAACAUCCUUCGCAAUGAUCCUCAUUACCAGCAGAUGCUCAAGCAAGCUGGAUCCGGAAGUGGCAACGAGCAGUUCCUAUCUAUUGAUGAUAACUUCCUGGAAAUGCUGGACAGCAACGAGAUUCUCUAUGGUCCAAACGGAGUUGCGCCACUUGAAGCCAUUUUCAGUCACAAUGAUCACCAAAAGAUUGCGCACGAUCUGUUCUCGGGUUCUCAGUUGGCCACCAUGGAUUACGUUCCAGAUUCGUCUGCCGACAACGUGAACAUCAAUUCCGAUAACCAGGAGAUGCUUGUCCCCAACAUGUUCUAA